GUAGCUUGGUGUGUGCCUUGCCUAGUUUCACUUGAUACUCUUCAGGAAUUAUGUAGAAAAGAAAAGCUCACAUGUAAAUCGAUUGGAAUCACCAAAAGGAAUCUAAACAAUUAUGAGGUGGAAUACUUGUGUGACUACAAGGUAGUAAAGGAUAUGGAAUAUUAUCUUGUAAAAUGGAAAGGAUGGCCAGAUUCUACAAAUACUUGGGAACCUUUGCAAAAUCUCAAGUGUCCGUUACUGCUUCAGCAAUUCUUGAAUGACAAGAAUAAUUACUUAUCUCAGGUAAAGAAAGGCAAAGCAAUAAUUCCAAAAGACAAUAACAAAACUUUGAAACCUGCUAUUGCUCAAUACAUUGUAAAGAAAGCUAAACAAAGGAUAGCACUACAAAAGUGGCAAGAUGAACUUAACAGAAAAAAGAAUCAUAAAGGAAUGAUAUUUGUUGAAAAUACUGUUGAUUUAGAGGGCCCACCUACAGACUUUUACUACAUUAAUGAAUACAAACCAGCACCUGGAAUCAGCUUAGUCAAUGAAGUGACCUUUGGUUGUUCCUGCACAGAUUGCUUCUUCGAGAAAUGUUGUCCUACUGAAGCUGGAGUUGUAUUGGCUUACAAUAAGAACCAACAAAUUAAAAUCCCCCCCGGUACUCCCAUCUAUGAAUGCAAUUCAAGAUGUCAGUGUGGACCUGAUUGUCCCAAUAGGAUUGUACAGAAAGGCACACAGUAUUCACUUUGCAUCUUUCGAACUAGCAAUGGCUGUGGCUGGGGUGUAAAGACCCUUGUGAAGAUUAAAAGAAUGAGUUUUGUCAUGGAAUAUGUUGGAGAGGUAAUCACAAGUGAAGAAGCUGAAAAACGGGGACAGUUAUAUGACAACAAAGGAAUCACAUAUCUCUUUGACCUGGACUAUGAAUCUGAUGAAUUCACAGUGGAUGCAGCUCAAUAUGGAAAUGUGUCUCACUUUGUGAAUCAUAGUUGUGACCCAAAUCUUCAGGUGUUCAAUGUUUUCAUCGAUAACCUCGAUACUCGUCUUCCCCGAAUAGCAUUAUUUUCCACAAGAACCAUAUAUGCUGGAGAAGAACUAACUUUUGAUUACCAAAUGAAAGGUUCUGGAGAUACAUCUUCAGACUCUGUUGACCACAGCCCUGCCAGGAAAAGGGUCAGAACUGUGUGCAGAUGUGGGGCAGUGACGUGUAGAGGUUACCUCAACUGACUGUUAGAGGAAUACAGCUGGUGAUAAUGGUAGUUUGGUUUUCCCUAAUGUUAAUACUUGUAAAAGCAAUGGACUGUUCCAUAUAUAUUACUGUUGCAAUUCUGAAAACACAGGGUCACAUAGGCUAAUUUGAAAUGGACUGACUUGGUUAGAUCCCAGGCAGGCGCACACUUAAGUCUGAGCACAGACGUGUGCCCCUUUCUGUGUUUGGAACGUGUUAAACCGAAAAGGUAACAAUUGCUGAGAUGAGAUGUUCAUCUUGCCAUAUACUUUGACUUCAAAGACAGUUAAUUUGUUUGGAAAAAUAAAAGUUCUGGUUUUUAUUUCUGUAUUGUCAUUCCUAUUAAGUACUCAGUUUUCACUUUUGAGACAAAUAGGUGAUGCUGAAUUUAUACUCCAUUUUGUUCUACUUUUUCAUUAAAACAUCUUGAUAAAGAAAUUGAAAGUUUAAAAUAUUUCAGCUUGAUUUAUAUUUUGAAAGAAUCUAAACCAUUAUGAAAAUUGUGUGUCUAAAUCUGUAAUUCCAGAUUUUUUUAUUCUACAGAAGAAAAAUUUCAACAAGGCUCUGAGAAGUCUAGAAGGGCUGGCCAUUAUGCUUUAAAAGGACAGGACAGCAGAGCUGGGAGGGCUCUGGAGUGACUGCUGAGGAAGCAAAGCACUCUGAGGGUGCACAGUGCCUGGAUUAGGAGACCUGUGUUGAGCACCUCGAUCAAAACUGACCCCAGCUCUGCCCAGAGAGCAGCUAUACCAAGUAAUGUCUUGCUCACUAAUAUACAUCCUCUCAUUGCAAGAUCUCAUUGCAAGACGUUUCAAGGUUUUCUUCCCACCAAACUAUUUUUAUAUUUCCUGCAGGUUCUUCUAAAAAAGUAGUCUAUAUUUGAGCUAAUAACUUGUUUUAUACAUGAAUUUCUACAUGUGAUAAAGCUAAUGUUGGCCAAAGUGUGUGUGUGAAUUGAGACUAUUUGUUAGUUGAUCUACUAUGUAAAGACUAAAAUGGAAAUUUUUUCGACCUCUGUAGUUAAACCUCAAUCAGGAGAACUGUCUCUGAUGCUGGGAUUUCUUAUGGUGUCCAACAUGUAGAUAAACGCAGAUUAGUCUUCAGUGGCCCUAAGUUCUUCCUAAGCACACUCUAGUUUUAGUGGCAUACAUACAGUAAGGUUGGGUAAAACUGAACUAAAUUGAAUGCAGCAUUUCAGAUACCGUAAUUCAUGACCUGGUUUUCAGGGAAGCUAUACUGUAUUUAUUAUAUUGCUACCAUAUGAUUUUGCUCUUCUAAAAUACAGGAUAAAUUGUUUGCAUGUUGUGGGCCUGUGUCUGCUAACUAAAAAUUGCAGGAUGUGUCAAGAAAAAAAUUUUAAUGGCAUUUUUUGUGUUUUCUUUAUAAAAAUGACUCAUUCAAUGUUGUAUGAGAACACAUAAGAGGUACAGGUUGCCCCACAUGGCCAAGCUUACUUGACUUUGCAUUCUUACAGUUUGAUGAUGUAAUUUUUCAGAAUCACUGUUUUAUUGUCUUGUAGACUGGUUUCUAUAAAUCUGUAAUUCUGCUUUUCCCUGAGAGAUUGCAUGGUCUUUGAAAUUUUAAAUACAUACUUGUGUAACAUUUCUUAAAUAUGAAGCUUACCUUCCACAGUAAAGUAAUAGAGACUAUUUAAAAGAAGCCAUUGGGGACUUUUAACUAUUUAGAAGUCAACAUGAGUUUCUUUACUUGCAUUUGCUAAAGAUAUCAGAAUUUGUUCUUUUUCACAUGUAAUAGUAACAGCAAGUUUAAAGUACAAAUCUAGAGCCAGGGAUAUAGCUCCGUAGCACAAUGCCGACUUGGCACUGAUCCUGAGUUCCAUUCCUGGUACAAAAAACACAAGUCUACUAUAUAAGUUAUGAUGUCGUCAUUACCAAGAUCUAUGUAGGAUUUUGAUACACAAUUGUAACUGUCAAAAUUUUCCUUAUAUGCAAAUUUUAUUUUGAUUUUUGAGACAAAGUCUCACUAUGUAGCCCAGGCUGGCCUCAAACUCAUAGUGAUCCUCUUGCCUCAGCCUACUAUGCAGAAUUUAAACUGUACUUCUUUGAGCUCAGUAGUUUCUCCUGAAGCAGAAUUUGGCAUUGGAUGAUGUUCCAUGUGCUGUGACUUAGUUUUGUUUGCUUUUGAAUAUUUUGCCAAGAUUUAUAAAAGGCUGAAGAUACUACUCUAUUCUUGAGCACUGACAAGAUUAGACAAAUGUUUUUACAUAAUUACUUUAAAUUGUAUUUUCCUUUUUAGGGACCAUUCAUUUGGAUAUUAAAAGUACAGUUUGACAGGAUAAGUCCUGUACUGAAAUUUUUUGAACAUUAUUACUCACCAGGCACUGAAAUGUACCAUAAUAGAGUCUGCCUGGAAAUGGAAAGGAAUUUUAGAAUUCAAAGCUCCUGUUUGUUGAGCAUGGCUCAUGUCCUUUAUCUAUACUUGUGUACUUGCCAUGAACCUCUAAGCCUGUGUUCUAUCCACAGAGCAGGCUUAGGCUGGUUGGGGAACAUUAACACCCAAGAUUAGCCAGCGGUGCAAAGCCACAAACUGUACCUAUUUUUUUUUUUAAGUGUUUCAACUUCAGGGAGACUUUUAAAAAUCAAGUUUAUACUUAAACAUUUACAUUUUGAUACUCUUCUCUAAGGCAAACCUGGCUACUCACUGGGUUUAUUAUGUAUCUUGGAAUUUCGAAACACUUGUUUCACUUUUGUCUGAUUUGACAUAAAAUCAAAUCACCACUACAGUUAAUACAGCUCAUUUUUAUGCUGUUUUUCAGCGGCAUCCCAGCAUCGUGCUAAAGAGCAUAGACUUUGAAGUCAAGUUCUUGGGUCUGAAUCCUGGACUUGCCUCUUUCUAGUUAUAUGAACCAGUUGGUGUGCCUUAGUCUCCUGUCUACCUCAAAGGGGGAUUGUGAAGGUUAAAGUGAUAUAGAUAGAUAGAGAUAAUGUAGUAAAAAAAAAAAAAAAUCAGUUAUUACUCUGCUCUAAAACUCUGCAUUAAAAUCUGAUAACCAGUACAAGAAUGCUGAGUAUAUUCUUGUGUUCUAUUCUUUGUCCUUGAAAUCAUUUAACCAGAAUUGUGCCAAGUCCACAUAUAAACAAUGAAAAUGAUGGUAUAAUUAUAAAAUGCUUGGAGUACAUUCAUCAGAAGAUUUACAAGCAUUUUUAGAAUACCUCUCUUGGGCCAUAAAGUAUACUAUUAAAAAUUAAGUUUUGCCACGUGUGGUGGUACACACCUAUAUUCCCAGUACUUGGGAGGCU